UUUCGCUAAAAAUAUCUAUAGCGUAUUUUAUUGCGUGUGCUAGAAGUAAAAGAAGCAUGUUAAAAAACAUGUUUUUGUUAUCAUGCUUGAUUACUAUGAUAUCUACCCAUAUCCAGGCUUAUCCAACAAAUGAAGACUAUAAGUUUAUUGAUAGAGAGUACGCUAGUCCGGGCGCCCACCAACUAGCCAGCUGGCUAGCUUACCAACUCAAACCCAAGGAAUUCAUACCACCAUUGGACGUACCCAUCAUACCAUACCGUCUACCCGUUCAGAAUGGCAAGAGAAACUCCGAGGUCACCAACGCCAUGGUAGGAUCAGAGGAGACUCAGAAAAUGUACCGUGAAGGUCGCAAGUAACUUUCACGGUAUAAGUUUUGAAACUCACGGUAUUUGGCAACGGCAAAAAUUUGUUAAACUCCCUUUUAACUGAACGCUUAAUAAAAAUUGUGUAUUGA